UUACAUUUAUUGAGCUGCAAGGAUGUCUAAUGUUGAAUCGUGGUGCACUGUCGAACUGACAUCAGACCAGAGCCACAACAGAAAGCAACGUAAACAUCAUCCUGAACAGUUUAACAGUACUGUAUUCCAGGCUGGAGCUCAGACAAGUACAGGACAAUCCGGACGAUUAACUAGUUUUAAUACCUCUCAACCAAAGCUUGCUCAGAAGAAACAUUUUCCUGCCAAACAUGAUCACACGUUCCAAAUCUAAGUUGGGAGCAACAUUUAAAAACCCUGGAGGUACACCUCAUAGCCUGGUGAUAUGAGAAUCAGAGAUUAUACUGGCAGAUACUAUGAUAGGACUUUUAAAGUUGAACUUUUCUUACGUCCACUAUCAAAGUGAUAGGCUCUCCAUAGUAAUUUCACAGAAGAACACUCCUUUAAUUUGAAUGCAGUUCCUUCGUGUCACCUUCAUACUUUUUCUAUAUUCAUUUCUAGGUGAAAUAUAUUAACAAUUAUCGUAUUUUACAAUCGAAGAUAUUUAUAAAUAAACGAGACUUUGAGAUCUAAUAUUAUUAGGAAAUAGGGGUGAUGUAUAAAAAUUUGUGUAUAUAACAAGAUAAGAUAUUUUAAAUGCAAAUGUUUCUGUAAAAAUUGUGUGUAUAUUUAUUAAUAUAUACCGAUGCUAGAUUUUAUUGAAUAGCUAUUUUUUGUUUCUUUCUAUCAGUGUGUACAGUUCUUUAAUAUAGAGUAUGGUAUAUUUAUUUUUUUGAUAAUGUCAGAUGUUCUUCGUAUAAUUUAUUUUGCAGCUUUUAAUUAAA